UGUCUAUCAAGUUCUUUCAUAUAGAGGCUUCGGUGAAGAGGUCUACUGCCCGCGCCCUCGCCGACCUCUUAUCAUCGUCGCUCUUUUCUUUCACGACCACCAUUCCGAUGGCCUCGACGACGUGGUUCCCCAUGCUACGAGAACAUACUAUAUCUUUCAUCGUGAUGGCUCUUUUCCUCCUAGAGACAGUAAUGGCCUCGCAUUCCGUGACUAUGGUUAACAGAUGUGGAUUUGGAACUCCAACCCUCGACCAAAUUCCCUCUAAUACUCUUGCAACAGGAGAGGGAGAGGUCUACACGAACGAUACGCUGGAUUCGGGUCAGAUCUUUCUCAACGACGGUACUUGCGGUCCCAAUGGUGGGCACUGCACGACAAUAACGGCCGAUCUCGGGGUGUUGACGGGCGGGAGCUCUUCCGUGGUGGUCAACUUGAUUCCGACACAUGCGUUCUCAGUACCCGUACAGUUCAGUUACUAUAACGGUUGUGACGGAGCGGGCGUCAGUUGCUUGACAAGUUCGUGUGAAUAUGCUAUACGUGAUCCACCCGAGACCUCCGGUAUCGUAAAUUGCACGGAUACGACUGCUUCGGUGGAGGUGAUAUUUUGCCCGUAA